AUGUCCUCGGAGGUGACAUUCGAACCCAUCCAGGAGCCCGAUGGCAGCGGCAUGAUCAAAGGAAGAAGAAGGAAGAUGGACGGCGAAGGAGUUCUGCUCGGAGCAGCGGGCGCGGCAGUGCGUCAGUUGCAAAGAGCGGAGCGAGAGCAAAGGGACAGGAGGGCGCGAAUCUGCACCGUGCUUCAGUUGGCGGUCUCGCGAUCCUGGUCGGUACAUCAGUUGGAUGUCUCCAACGCCUUCUUGCACGGUCAUCUUGCCGAGCAGGUGUUCUGUGAGCAGCCCACUGGCUUCGUCGACGCCGAGCAUCCGGACUUCGGAGCUGACACUGCAUAUCUGCUGCUCUACGUCGACGACAUCAUCCUCACGGCGUCCGCCCCCGAGCUCCUUCAGCGGCUCACGGCUCGUCUUCGUGAUGAGUUCGCCCUCAAGGACUUGGGGCCCCUGCACUACUUCCUUGGUGUUGAGGUGGUCCGCCGCGCUGACGGCUUCUUUCUGCAUCAGCAGAAAUACGACCACGAGCUUCUGGAUCGCGCUGUACCUGCGCCGACACGCCCGGAUCUACAGUAUGCUAUUCAGCAGGUGUGCCUCCAUAUGCACGCCCCGCGUGACUCCCAUUGGACCUUGGUGAAGCGUAUUCUCCGAUACAUACGCGGCACUAUGUCUUUGGGACUCACCCUGACGGCCUCCUCCACCGACCUCGUUGCCUACUCGGACGCUGACUGGGUCGGCUGCCCCGACACCCGACGCUCUACGUCCGGCUACUGCGUCUACCUCGGGCCCUCGCUGAUCUCUUAG